UUCAUAGUUGCUUGCGCAUUUUGACAAUUGAGUAGCAGCAGUACUUUCGCUUAGUAAGGAGAAGCUGUACAUAUAUACUUGCAUUUCUUACCUCUUUUCUAUAUCUCAACGGCGAGUACGAUAUUGCAAGAAGUGUUUGGGUAAUACUGUGCAUUGAUAAUAGAUUUGAGAAAAUGUCAGACGCAGAGGAAACAGAGACCGUGUUUGAGAUUAAGAAGUUUGGUCUUGACCCGCACCCCCACCCCCCGACGGCCGAGUCAGCGCUAGCUCUUGCAGAGACAAUUCUCGAGAGUUUACCAAGCAAGGGAUGGAAGCUAUCAAAAGACAUGCCGGAGCACAAGGCGAGCGUGCACUGGAAGACGAUCGACUCUGAGCUUUGGUACUCGCGCUCGACUAUCCAGGACGCGACAAAGUACCCGUUCGAGUGGUUCAAGCGAGCGCUUUAUGACGAAAUCUUUGAGAAUAUGGUUAGCUACUACGAGAUGGUGCGUGAGGCUACCUGCGUUGAAGAGAAGAAAGGCUGGAAGGGGUACAGACUGACGUAUCUCUUGCCGCCACCAUUCGCCGAGCGAGACAUCGCGACAUGGCUAUACACGUACACACCAGAGGAUCGAGAGGACGAGUUCACCGUGAUUGCCCUUCCGGCAGACUAUGAGCUGCAAGAUGAGGCGAAUACCAGAGGCGUCUACUCGUUUGUCCACAAAGUGCGCAAGCUCGAUGAUGAUAAGAUAGAAUGGCUUAUGGCGCAGACGAGCGACAUGCGUGGUAACCUCCCACGCUGGGUUCAAAACUAUUCCAUCCCCGGCGUUCUGCUUGGCGAUAUCCCAGUCAUUUUGAAGUGGAUGGAAGACCAAUACGGGGAGAAAGAGUCACAAGAGCCAGAGGAGACGUCUUAAGAUUCUCGACCUUGGCAUACUCUUUACGUUUAGUGUAUCUAUGACUCUGAUAUAGUCUUUAAGAUUCUUGUUGUAUAUUUAUAGCGCAUUUACGAUGCAAUUGGAUUAUAUUCUCAUAUUACAAUGCCGGAGAUAAACCAAAUUUCUACUUAUCAG